CGACAGUGCAAAGACAACCCUUGCUGGAAGCAGAAAUUCCAUUCAACGUUGCAUUUGCUUCUUUGAAGGGAUUGUACAUUUAAAAGCGCUUCGAAUGCAAUGGAGGGGUUUACUAUAGAUGCGCAUGCCUCCAGAAUCAUUGAAGUGCCAUUAUUAGGUCAAGAAGAUCAGACUGUAGAAAUCGACUGUGCAAGUUUACCAGAAGAUGCCACCGAACUGGUAGAAAUUCUAACGAAUGAACAAGCCGAGCGGGAUUUAUGGACCAAAUUUGCUCGUGAAUACCAUAUACGUAGUCUUUCCAGCCAAGCAUUGUUCAUCCUGACUUCUGCGUUGAAUGUUUUGAAGGAUACCGACAGUCAGUGUUUAAUAAACGCCAAUAUUUGCUCUAUUUAUUUGCAUUUGACGAGACAUGCGAUUUGGAAGCAGGACAACGUUGCUCGUGACCAACACUUGCAGAAUGUGCGGACGUAUCUGGAAGCCGCCAAUCGUCUGAACCCCAAGUUAGAGGCUAAUGUUUUGCUCCAUGGAAUAUAUCGCAUCUUAUUAAAUCCACUUGAUAAAGAUUCUCUAGAAAACUCUCUUCGCUGUUUUGAUUUUGUAUUGCAAAGAUCCGAAGCUAAUGUCUUUGCACUGAUUGGAAAAGCGCGUAUUUUGUACUCUAGAGGAAAUUUCCGAGGAGCAUUGAAACUCUAUCAACGUGCACUUGUCAGCAAUCCGCAAAUUCAACCCGAUCCCCGAAUUGGCAUUGGUCUGUGUUUCUGGAAUUUGAAUAUGAAGGAUGACGCCCUCGCUGCUUGGGUUCGAGCAAAGGAACUAGAUCAAAAUAACCAUUUUGUGAACACUUAUUUAGGCUUAUACUACUAUGACCUUGCUUUUGAAAAUGUCAAUUCUGAAAACUUCUUACGAUAUUACGGGGAGGCUCUGCGAUAUACCCAAGCUGCUUUCAAAGCUAUGCCGAGCGAUCCUGUCUCUUCUUGCAUCCUGGCUAGUUAUGUCUAUUCAAAGCGUAGUCUCGAUGGCUGUAUCAAACUCGCUAACACUGUUGUACAAAGUUCUUUCUCUCCUUCCCUCGUUGCAGAUGGCUAUUUUUGGAUGGGAAGAGCUUAUCAUCAAAUGCAGAAUUAUGAAAAAGCUAUGACAUGCUAUCAAAGAGCUCGUUCCGUUGAGGAUCGCCAUCUCUUGUCCUUCCUAGGAAUAGGUCAGAUUCAGAUUCUUCAAAAUGAUUUGACCAGUGCGAAGUUGACUUUUGAACGUAUUACUGAGCAGCACCCCAAAUGUGCAGAGGCCCUUAUCAUUUUAGGAUGCCUUUAUGCCUCAGAGGCAAAAUCCGAUUUUACGAAACCUCGGAUGCUCUUAGAUCGUGCGUUUAACUUGAUCGGAUCCUCAAAGAUACCCAGAGUUGUUGAUUCCGAUUUGUAUAUUACGCAAGCUAGGCUAUGGGAAAAAGAAGAUACGAAGAAAAGUUUGAGCUUUCUGCAACGAGCCCAAGACUUUUUGAAGAGUGCUCAUAUUUCUAUCCACCCUGAGCUGCUUAAUAACAUUGGAGUUCUGAACUACCAUCUUGGGAAUUUCCAGGAAGCCAAGGAUUAUUUCUCAGCUGCUAGAAAGGAGGAUCAGGAUGUUGAUCCCGAAAUCUUACUUGUGCUUGAUUUUAACCUUGCCCGUUGCGAAGAAGAGCUUGGCAAUAUUGAUUUAUCCAUGGAAUUAUACACUAAGAUUUUAGAUCUUCAGCCUUCUUUUGCUGAUGCUCGUGUGCGCCUUUGUUUGUUACAACUAGCUAAUCCUCAGGAGGAAACCUUUAAAUCCAUUCGACAGCUAAUGACCACCGAUGCUGACAACUUGGAAGUACGAGCGUUCUUUGGUUGGUACCUCAGUAAACAAAAGCGCCGUCCUGCUGAGGAUCCUGAAGUUCGUCAUUGUUCACAAACUCUACGACAUUGGCACGAUGAUAUUUAUUCUCUUGUUCAGCUUGGUAAUGCUUACAUGCGUCAAGCAAGAGAAAUUCGUGUUCAGAACGACAAAGACCAUAGUAAGCGUCAGAAGCUUUAUAUUAAAGCUGUCCAGUCUUAUGAUCAAGCUAUUAAGUUUGAUCCCAAAAAUGCUCAUGCUGCUCAAGGAAUUGCCGUUACCUUUGCUCAUAGUAGACAAUUUUCUAAAGCUUUACUCAUUCUAGGAAAAAUACGUGAAUCUAUAAAGGAUGUUACUACUUUAAUCAAUAUCGGUAAUUGUUUGGCCGAAUUGAAGCAGUUCAGCCGUGCAACUGAGAUUUUCGAAACUGUUAUUUCGAUGACUGGUGAAGAUGAUGUUUACGGAAUUCUAAAUUGUCUUGGUCGUGUCUGGCUACAGCGAGGUCGUGAAGAAAAACGGAUAGAUUUCUUAAAAGAGUCAUUGAAGUAUUCACGAAUGGCUUUAGAAAAGAAUCAAGAAAACACGAGCUUACAAUUCAAUGUCGCAUUUGUUCAGUUUCAACUCUCCGAACUCAUAUACACUCAACCUGAAAAUGCACGAACUGUAGAAGAUUUGAAGUUCGCUAUUCAGGAACUGGACGAUUCCGUAAAAACCUUCAGUUCAUUGGUAACAUCCAAACAUCCUCCUUAUCCACCCACAGAUAUUGAGCAGCGUGUGAAGAUGGCCACGAAUACCACUAGAAAGAGAUUGGAACGUGCUUUGCAACAACAGUCUGAAUAUGAAGCCUCGGUUGCUGUCAAGCUCGGUGAGGCCAAGCUUAAUCGCGAGAAAGAAAAAGCCAGAAGAUUGGCAGAAGAAGAAGCUUCACGCAAAGCGCAAGAGGAUCGCGAACGUGAGCUCGAGGAAGAGCGAAAACGUAUGCAAGAAGAGGUGUUGCAGUGGAGAAAGAAUCAAGAGAAAGAAAUAGAGGAAGAACUUAGCGUUGCUUCUGACGCCGAAGAUAAGUCUUCUGGUAGGAAAAGAAAAGGCGAAAGAAGGAAACGUAAAUCCAGCUCUAAAGCUGGUAAAGGUACUAAUGUUGCGAACGAAGACGACACUGACGAUGAUGAUGAUGAUGAGAUUCCUCUAUCAGACGCUAGGAAUAAACUCACUAAAAAGCGUCGUAAAAACAAACGUGUAAUAUCAGAAGAUUACGCCUUUGACGAAUCUGACAACGAUCAGCAACCUGCUGAAUCUACCGAAGGUCAAGGUGAGAAUCUUAAUCCAUCUUCUCCUGUAAAUGAAUCCACUAAUGGCAAUCAAAAAAACGAAAAUGAUUUAGAUAAUAAAAACGAAGGAGGCCUUGAUAAUCUUUUCUCUGACGAAGAAAAUGAGCCUUCCCCUUCUUCGUAAGUCGAUCCUUAAUCUCCCUCCUUGCCGCUAAAAAAGACUGCAAUGUUUUGUAGUAAUACGUCUGUUUCUUUUUUGAAUUCGUUAAUACCUGACUCUGAUAGACAAAGAUUAAUACCUAAUAGUAUGAUCGUGAUUGUGAAACAAAUUAAA